AUGGUCAGUAGGAAUUUUAAUGAUUAUUUUAGGAUUUUAUUUAUUAAUCAGUUUAUCAUCAAAUUAAAAGAAUUCUUAAAUUAAGGGUUUUAAUCAAGGUUAUUGGUGGUAAUAUUUAAUAUCUGUUAUAAUUAUAAUUUUAGGAAUAAGCUUUCUUAUUGCAAAGAAAAUAGAAAUUAUAAAAUUUAGCAAAUAAGAUAAUCUAGUGGAAAUUAAAUAAAAAAAUAUAUUUUGCUUUAGUAAAAUUAAUAAAAGGAGUUUAGAUACAAUAUAAAAUGUUUUCAUUGUUAAACGGGGAUUAGAUAAUAUUAUGAAUAAAACAUUACAUUAUGUAAUUAUUAUAAAUUUUAAAGACGGAGAAAAAAAUGUUGA